UUGUUAGUACAAAAUUAAUCAUCAAACCGAUGUAGAAUGACUAUUUCUUUUUUUUUUUUUUGUAAUAAGAAAAUAAUUUAAUACAUUUUUGAAAAUUAAAAUGGCAAUAAUACUAAAUAUUCAAGUGUACCUUUAUAUAUUUAUUGUUUUUUUGCAUACCGAAGGAAUAACUACUAAAAAAGAUAUCACCGGUAAAAUUAACUAUUUCCUACAUGGACGUGGAUGGGAAAACAUAACUGAUGUGGAAUAUAUCUUGUAUUGGGGUAAUAAGUAUAAAUUUGAAGAAGUGAUUAUACCUGUAACACCACAUAAUUGCAAUAGCUGCAUACGUCACGCUACAAUAUUCCUCGGAUGUUCUUACGCUAACGAUUUAACUAAAUUGUUUAUUGCAUUAAAUAAAUUUGAAGACAAUUGUUAUACGAUUUUACAUUCUAAGAAACAUCUUGAUAGCGCGUAUAAUUGUACAGUCAAACUUUUAGAAAACUUGUUUGAAGUUGGUUCAUUGGCAACUUUAAUGAAAGGAGCUUUAUGUGCUAUCGAAUGGCAUCAUACUUUGCCAUGGAAUAAACACAAGAAUACACGUUUCAUUUUAAGCAGUGUUAUAGAAAAUUUUCAGUCAGAUGCAAUUUUUCACAAAUUGAUUCAUCUGAAUAAAAGUACAAUUUCGAUUAAUUUAGUAUUAUUGCAUAUUAGGCGUUUAUUACGCAUGAGGAAAGGAGAAAUUUUAGUGGAUAUGGUACUUUGUAAAACAAAACCCUUAGAUAUGGAUCCAAUGUGGAAUUUUUUGGAUAAAGAUCUUGCCAUAUUAAAAUCUCAAGAAAAAUAUGAAGAAUUUUUUAUUAUGCUUAGUUAUAAAUUAAGCAAUUUAGUUCAAACGAUAUUUCAAAAAAAGUAUGUGGAACUUGGUUUUAUAUUUGAUUCAGCCAAAAAUCAGACAUAUAUAACAGCUCCAUUAAUCGAUCAAGGAGACGACACAAAAAAUCUUUUGAAUAAUUUAACACAACAAACCAAUCAAAUAGACAAGCCGGAAGAGGCGCAAGGUAAAUAUAGCACACAAAAUCUCUUGAUGAAUUUUAGAGAACAAAUGAAUGAAACAGACGUGCCGGAAGAGACGCAAGGAAAAUAAUUAGAAAUUAUGAGUAAAGCAGAAGAAGAUUCAAAAUUAUCGUAUAUUUUGAUGAAAUGGUACCGUUUAAACUUAUGUACCUCUAAAACAUUUUCAUCUGCCAAAUUGUCAUUACCAUUAUAGUAAUUAACCAAAUUAUAAAUCCAAUUAUUGUAAUAAUUAUUUAUUUAUACAUACACAGUGCAAAAUGAAUCACAUUUUCUCUCUUUAUUUGUAAUAUGAACACUUUAAGUAGUAUUUAAGUAAAUAAUGUAAAAUUUCAAGAAAAAUACAAUUUUAAAUUUAA